UGCAAAUAUAUAAAGAGGGUCCGGAGAGAAAUACUGGUGUAUAAGAGCCAGUGACACUGGGUGUAGUAUUCUGAAUUUUUUUUUACUUAAAUACUUUUUCUCAAGGAAAAAUAAUUUGUGAACAAAGAGCAUGUCAGAAGGAGAGGAGGCAUUUGAUUCUGCGUAGGAUUUCGGUGCCAUUCAGUUACUGGGACUUUCCCUGGAGCCUUGUGGGGCACCAGCCUCCGAACGCACCCCUAUUUUUCUCACUUGAACCCACACCAUGGCUCCCUCCCUGGCCACCUCCUUCUCCCGCCGCUGGUGGAUGGCGGUGACUGCGGUGAUUGAGAACCUGCUGUUUUCCGCCGUGCUGCUGGGAUGGGGCUCCUUGCUCAUCAUGCUGAAGUCAGAGGGAUUCUACUCCUACCUCUGCGUUGAGUCUGGGAAUGUGUCAGUGCUGAACCACAGCCAGUCUGCCUCUAUGGCAGAAGGGGAGGGCCACUCAGCACAGGAGGAGGAGGAGCACCUGAGAAUGAACGGCUGGCUCAUCUGCAAGGAUCAGGAUGAAAUGCUGAACCUGGCCUUCACUGUUGGGUCCUUCCUGUUGAGUGCCAUCACUCUCCCCCUGGGCAUUGUCAUGGACAAAUAUGGGCCACGCAAACUCCGGCUGCUGGGCAGUGGAAGCUUUGCUCUCUCCUGCCUGCUGAUUGCCUAUGGAUCCAGUAACCCCAAUGAGCUGUCAGUCCUGAUCUUCAUUGCUCUUGCACUGAAUGGUUUUGGAGGAAUGUGCAUGACCUUCACAUCUCUGACGCUGCCAAAUAUGUUUGGUGACCUCAGAUCGACUUUCAUCGCCCUCAUGAUUGGCUCCUACGCCUCCUCCGCUGUCACCUUUCCAGGGAUUAAGGUGGUGUAUGAUCUUGGUAUAACUUUCAUCACCAUCCUAAUGGUGUGGGCUGGCUGUGCCGGCCUCGUUUUCAUCAACUGCUUCUGCAACUGGCCUUUGGAACCCUUUCCCGGACCAGAGGACAUGGACUACACAGUGAAGGUCAAGUUCAGCUGGCUGGGCUUUGAUCACAAGAUUACAGGAAAGCAGUUCUACCGGCAGGUGACCACCGUGGGGCGCCGCCUGAGCGUGGGAAACUCCAUCAAGCACAACCCCAAAGAGCUGGCUGCUCAGGAGGGCAACAAGCUCUGCCUCUCUACCGUCGACCUGGAGGUCAAGUGCCAGCCUCAGGACCAAUCCCCCUCGUUUAUGCAGAGCAUCUUCAGCCCCAUAUUCCUGCUGAGUCUGAUCACCAUGUGCAUCACACAGCUGCGCCUCAUCUUCUACAUGGGAGCCAUGAACAGCAUCUUGGAGUCCCUGACAGAUGGAGACCUGAACAAAGUGGAGAGAAUGAAAGAAGUGAGUCUCUACACCUCCAUCUUUGGGGUGCUGCAGCUCCUCUGCCUGCUGACGGCCCCUGUGAUUGGCUACAUUAUGGACUGGAAACUGAAGGACUGUGAGGAUGGAGAGUCUGCUGGGGAGACAGCCAAGAGCCAGGCACAGCCAAAACGGCGAAGCAGACUGAUUCAGAAGAUCACAAACUCCACAAGGGCCUUCCUGUUCACCAACCUGCUGCUGGUCGGCUUUGGGGUCACAUGCCUGGUGCCAAACCUGCCCCUUCAGAUUUUUUCCUUUGUCCUGCACACGAUCGUGAGAGGGUUCAUCCACUCUGCCUGUGGAGGGCUGUAUGCUGCUGUAUACCCGUCCUCUCAGUUUGGCAGCCUGACUGGGAUGCAGUCCCUCAUCAGUGCCCUGUUCGCCCUCCUGCAGCAGCCUCUGUUCAUGGCCAUGAUGGGACCUCUGAAUAGAGACCCUCUCUGGGUGAACGUGGGGCUCCUGGGGCUGAGUAUGCUGGGGUUCUGCCUGCCGCUCUACCUGCUCUGCUACAGCCGCCGUCUCCACCGUGAGAAACGGGAGCGCGAGGAAGACGCCAAGAACUACGUCAAGGUCAACGGCAACGGAAAGAGCGAGGCCUUCGUGUAGAGAGGAAGACGGAGGGAGAGGAACGCACAAGGGGAGGCAAAGACUUUAUUAUCGCUCCUCCCCGGACUUGUGCUCUGCUCGUUCCACCAGACAUUCCCAAAAAAUGCACAGACACACGUGUCACGUCCCACAAACCCCUGCACCUCUCACAGACGUGCGCCGAGCAAGGCUCAGAUGGUGAUGGAAGCACACACCUUUUCACAGUCCCUAACACCACGGCACAUACGUAUAUACACACUGUGAAGGAUGCACACCACUCAAAAGGAAAAAUUCACAUUUCCUUGAAGCGCACAUAUAGAGGCAUUUCGUUUGCACUGGGGAACCUGCUGCCCCUGUCACUGAGAAGGGCAGCAGCAUCGGAACUGCGUGCAAGGACUGAAGGAAGGAGGGAGAAAAAGAGAGAACAGAAGAGAGGGAGUGGGAGUAUGGGAGGGAGAGUAUCUCAGACCUGGGCCUAGGGUUUUUGCAGCACUAAACAAGAAUGUGUCCUAAACAAAGUGUUGUUGUGCCAAGCCCCCCCCCCCAAAAAAAAAAAAAAAAAAAACUUGAAUUAUGUGGCCCAGGAAUAGUUGUGGCCCUAACUGCAUAGAGUGUUUAUGCCAGAACCAACUCUGGUGUACACCCUCAGUCAUGUGACAAAACACUCCUCUCUGUUUUUCUUUCCUUGGUUUACCAUUUCAUGCCCAAUUUUGCAUCUCAGCAGAGAACUGAGGAGAACUAGAGUGUCUUCAUGUCCUGAAAAUCACAAUAAGAACAAAAUGAAUGGCAGGCAAAGAUUUUAACCUUGGGAAAAGAGAAGACACAAACACUAUGACUCCACUUGCAUAAUAUUAUUAUCUUUCUCGUCCAGCGUUUUCAGUUUUAACACCAGUAUUCAUCACUAUUACAAAAGGAAAGGCCUGUACCCCCAGUGUAGGGGUACUUAUUGUUUGCUCCCAUUUAUUUGAGAGCAAAGAGUUCAUGAGUGGUGGAAUCUAUAAUCCUUUCUUUCAUAUUGAUUACAGUGUUUUUUUUUUACUUGCAUUUAUUCUCACCUUAUAUAGCCAGAUUGUUGGAAGAGCUGUAGAAGCUGUAUUGAAUUAUGCUUCAAAGUUUCACAUUUUUAUCCCUAAAAUGGUGCUAAAUGAUAACACAAGUAGCAGUAAUUUUUUUAACUGGGAGGAAAGGAAUGACUUGCACGUUCCGUUGCAAUGUUUUCAUGAGGGACAGCAACAGGAUGUGGACCUGUGUGUUUAAAGUCUUGGUGACACAUUUGGAACAGAGUUCAUUUUAUUGGUAAAUUCUACCUGGGCUGAACAGCCUUUGCUACCAGAGCAGGGACAGGCAUUCACUUGGUGGAGGACACCACCUCUUGCACAGCCUAUGGACUGAUCUGGUAGUGGCUAUGCCCCCAUAAAGAACUACAGUGUCUCACCAGAUGCACCAGCAGGACUUUUGGUGUACUGCAUCACCAUAUUCAAGGCCUGAAAUUAAUCCAUUCAUUUGCCCUCCUUAACUUUGAAUAAUAAAUUAAAGUAACAGCUACUUUUUCAGUUUCGCGUUUUGACAACGUGAAUUCUCUGCUUGACAAAGCUGACAAAUAUAUGUAAGUUUGGAGAUGUGCAAAGUUUUAAAAUGCGUAUGUCAAAUGGAAGGGCAAUGGCCUUGUGAUGAAAUUGGUGUCAGUGUUCAGUGGCCCUAAUCCUGCCUGUGCCCCCUCCCAGUCUACCUGUCGCUCCGAACUGGGGCUACUAUUGCUUGCCAUGUAAUGUGUUAUCCUAUAGGAUAUCCAAUAUGUAAUCCCAUGCUCUUUACCUGCUCUUCCUCUCAUUGAACCAAAGCCAUGGCAGCUGCUUGUGAUGGCAUGGAAUGGCUGGAUAGCAUGCUAGUUAGUGAGCAGGUGAUGUUUUGAUGGACGGAUUUAUUUAGCCUAGCUCUUUGUAAAACUGACUGAUUUGCCAUGUUUUUGCUGAGUUAUGCUGAUAGGCUGCUGGAACAUUUCUGUCAAUGAGAGCAUGGCUUCACAUAGCCUGAGAGAGGAACUUGUGAGAGGAUACUCUUUGUGUGUGUGCGUGUGUGUGUGAGUGUGUGUGUGUGCGUGUGUAGGUGUGUGUGAGUGUGAGUGUGUGUGUGGGGGGGAGGGAGGAGAGGUUAGACUGAGAGAUAGCAGUGUAGCAGUUCCUGGAUACAUAGGGGCCGUGUAGCAUGUGCAGGCAUUUAUGCACAGUGCUCAAACUCUUCACCAGGAAAGACCGUCCAGACCAUGGAGCGCCAGAGCAUACCCUUUAAAGUUGAUGCAUGUAGUGCCAUUGGUUAGGCAUUCAUUUAAAAAAUACAAACACUGUCCUUAUUUUAUUAUGACAUUUGAGUAUGUAUGCAUAUGUCUUUGCAUUAUGAUUCAUUUAAAUGUUUAUUGGAUCUAAUGUCAGAGUUAUGAAAGGAAGAAUCCCAGAGGGUUACUCUGAGUCUGACCUAAAGUUCUGAGCAAUAACUGGUUGUAUGAGCCCUUGUGUCUGGGUGAACAGAUUAGAUUCUUUCUCGGUCACCAGCCACAGACAUGUUGGGACCCGCUGUAAUCUUGUGGGAAAAUGUGGUUUUGCCUAGUGAUACAGUAAUGACAAAACAAAAUUAUUUUUGUGGCUGGUGUGUGCUGUACCAGACUGUGGUGAAGGGGUGGCCUGCAUCUCAUGCUGUACCAUGGUGUGGGGAUGAUAAGGCUGGUAUAUGCAGUACCAGGGUGUGGGGAUAUGGCUGGUAUAUGCUGUUCCAGGGUGUGGGGAUAUGGCUGGUAUAUGCUGUUCCAGGGUGUGGGGAUAUGGCUGGUAUAUGCUGUACCAGGGAGGUUGGUAGACUACACCAGGGACAACCGGCAGCUCAGGCUCUGCAUUACAUGUAGUUUACAACUGUUUUGCAUUGGUGAUGUCAGUCUAGAUUCACCCUGUUAAAGUGGAAUAUUGACUUCAAAUAUAAAGGGAUUUUGUGUACUGAGGAAGUAAGACUUAUCUGAAAGCUUCAAAUCCUCUGAAUUUCCUUCAGCAGAGAAGUAUUAAUUUCUUGAUGCCCACCUUUGAAUGUUACACAAAGUAACUCAUUUUUAAUCCAUCAAAUUAACUGCCAUAUGCUUGUAUGCUUUUACAAUGAAUACUUGAAUCACUAUGUUCAUAGAUUUGUCUGCUUCAUAUAUCUGGCAAUAUAACUACAAAAGCAGUAUCGCACACCCUCGCCUAUCAUAUUGCUUUAGUUUAAGUACAACGUUUAUAUUUUAUAUAGCCAUGUUCAUGUUAUGUUCUGUGAGCCUAUUAAUAUUUCCUUACAUGUGUACACCUGAAUUCUGGUGGGGAAACCUUUAGAUUAGCAAUGGAGUUAACACUUCAAAAUAACGUUUUAUGUCAUUUUUUCAGUUUUGAGAUUAGAUUUUUACCAGAGAUUAAUAAUCAAUUAAUGUCACUUGAGCUCAUCUGAGUGGUAUCUGUCUGAACUCAUGGUGUGAUGUUUUCAUCCUCUUUUAACCUGCUACAGGCUGGUUUGUGUUUAUACUCAUUUGCAGAACGCCACCACGCCAUUUCAAGUUAUACUUAGCUAAUGCAGGCUGGCCAAUUAGCCAAGAUAACAAGCAGUAAUGUCUAACGGAGCCACUGGGAGUUGUUUAACAGCACACAUGAGCAGAGCACCAGACUAAUUGCCACGCAAAAACCGUCCCUCUCAGCCACAAAUGUGCGUCAGCAUACUCUGAAUGGCAGACCAGCAGUAUCUUCACUAUUCCAUGCCAUGAUCAGUGUUGUUCAACAACACCCUUUGCUUAUAAAUCAUAUAAAGUUUUCUGGCCUGCUUUGAUAAUAUGAUAAACUCUGAUAAUGUGUUGAUCAAAGGAUCCAAGCAGGCAAUUAGCUAUCAUAACCAGAGCAGAAGAGGAUGGAAAGCCACUGCAUGUCUGUUUACUCUCUACGUACUCCCUCAAAUGCCUCAGGGAGAGGGUAUAGCCAAUGUUAUCAUGUAAACUUGAAAAUAUUCUGUUUUUAAUUUAAUUUUGGACAGUUUUCCAUCUGAUGAUACUCUGACAGUGAUGGUGGUAAUGUUGAGGUAGCGAUUUUUCUAUUAUUUUUUAUGAAUAUGUGUUUAGCUUUAUUGUAAACAUAUAUGCCCACUGUCACACUUUUAUUUUGUUUUUUGAUUCAUUCAUUCAGCAUGUGACACUAGAAAAAGUAUGAAAAGGUUAGCUGUCACGUUUGAUAUGACAUCACCAUCUGGCCACAAGAGUGGGGAUACAAGACCUUUGUGUUUUUAAGCCAAAUGCGUUAUUCAUGUCAUACAGUAUCAAUAAAUUUAUUUAGAUAUGU